GUUGUUUUUGGAUCUGCUGUUAAAGCGGAUUGAACCACCGAGUUGCGUUAACUACGACUCCCUUACAAAACGUUUUUAUUCCAUUAAUUUUAAAAGAAAGACUGCUCUAUAUAGUCGUAAAUACGUAUGCAACGAGAUAUACAGUGAAAUGGCAGUUGCGUACACUCUUUGUAGGGAAUCCCUUGUGUUCUUUUCCCUCUGAAUUUGAGAGAGUGCUUUGAGAUCGAGGGGCGCCUGCUGUCCAUUGAAGCAAGAAGCCUCAUGUUUUCGCCAAGCCAGGAGGAGCAGUGCGCCCCUACAAAAGACCCAAUAAAAUACGGGGAGUUGGUAGUAUUAGGGUACAAUGGCUCCCUCCCGAACGGAGACCGGGGCAGAAGGAAAAGCCGCUUUGCCCUGUACAAGAGAAGCAAAGCCAACGGUGUUAAACCCAGCACCGUCCAUAUCCUCAACACACCACAGGCCAGCAAGGCGGUGAACUGCAAAGGGCAGCACAGUAUUUCCUACACUCUGUCCAGGAACCAGACAGUAGUGGUGGAAUACUGCCAUGACAAAGACACAGACAUGUUUCAGAUUGGCCGCUCCACAGAGAGUCCCAUAGACUUUGUGGUGACGGACACUGUGUCUGGGGGUCAGGAGGGAGAGGAGACGCCCAUCACCCAGAGCACCAUCUCGCGCUUCGCCUGUCGUGUCGUCUGUGAGCGGGUCCUGCCCUACACCGCCCGCAUCUACGCUGCUGGCUUUGACUCCUCCAAGAACAUCUUCCUGGGGGAAAAAGCUGCCAAGUGGAAGAACCCGGAUGGUCACAUGGACGGGCUGACAACCAAUGGAGUGCUGGUGAUGCACCCCAGGGGUGGGUUCACAGAGGAGUCCAAGCCGGGAGUAUGGAGGGAGAUCUCUGUGUGUGGGGAUGUUUACACCCUGAGAGAGACCCGCUCUGCUCAGACCCGCGGCAAACUGGUGGAGUGUGAGAGCAACGUGCUGCAGGACGGUUCCCUGGUAGACCUAUGUGGCGCCACCCUGCUGUGGCGCACAGCUGAUGGCCUCUUCCACACACCCACCCAGAAGCACCUGGAGGCCCUGCGGCAGGAGAUCAACGCAGCGCGCCCCCAGUGCCCUGUGGGCCUCAACACCCUGGCUUUCCCCAGCAUGCAGCGCAGCCGUGCCCUCUCCUCCCUGGAGGACAAGCAGCCCUGGGUCUACCUGGCCUGUGGCCACGUGCACGGCUACCACAACUGGGGCCACCGCUCGGAACAGGAGCCCAGCGCCCAGCGGGAGUGCCCCAUGUGCCGGACCGUGGGCCCCUACGUGCCGCUGUGGCUGGGCUGUGAGCCUGCCUUCUACGUUGAUGUGGGCGCCCCCACACAUGCCUUUGUGCCGUGCGGACACGUGUGCUCAGAGAAGUCGGCAAAGUACUGGGCGGAGAUCCCUCUGCCCCAUGGCACCCACGCCUUCCACGCCGCCUGCCCAUUCUGUGCCACCCAGCUCUGCCUCAACCAGGGCUGUGCCAAGCUCAUCUUCCAGGGCCCCAUUGACUGAGCUGCGGGGCCCUGGGGUGGGGGAAAAAACGAGACAGGAGGGCCAACAUGCUGUGAAACUGUUCAGACUAUUUAGUGCUUUGUUUUUUAUCACCGGACUGUAAAGAGGAGGAAUGCUUGACAAGGUUGAUGGUGUACUACAACAGUGUGUUCCAAGUGUCCGUGGAGAUGGUCCUGAAGGCAGUGGUCCAUUACACAGUGUUUGGUUUGGGCUUCUGGUCCUCUGGAUGGCUGCGGGCGUAGUGUACACACAGCGAUGUGGACCUAAGGCACAACCACAGAAACCAUCAUACUCUUUAGCUGCCAGCCAUCAGCUUUCAACUCAACUGAGCUAACUCUCUGGACUGUGCAAGCUAAAAUGGCUGCUCAUUUCAAGUAGAAGGGCUACAAAACAUGUUUAUCGAUCAUAAACUCCAAACGGAUUACAGAGAGUAGGUGUAGUUAGGGUAUGUUGGGUGGGGUGGGUUCAUGGUGGGCCUGAGGUGCAUGAUUUUCACAGAGCCAGACAGCUGGACUGUUGGCUGGGAGGAGGACCGAGCGAGCCAGCAAGGUUCAUGGGUAACUAGUUAAGUGCUCCCCAGCUCUUAUCUGGUUUUUAAUGGUAUCCAGAACAUUUAGCCUUUCCAGAGGUGAGCUGAACUCUGUUCUGUUCAGGGAACAGAUCCUUAAAAGAAAACAAGUGUUUUUCUCUCUUGUACAGAGAUGUAUUCCAGUGCCUGGGACUCCCAGUAAAACCCUGGGAAUAUUUUUACUAAAUUAAAAAAGCUAUUUUGUUGAGGGUUAUUAAGGGAGGGGGAGAGUUUUACAUAAAGUAUAAAGAAAUUUAACCCACAGAAUAUUUUCCAUCUUUUUAUUAUUUGUUAAGAAGUAUUUUACUACACUGAGGUGUACAGUUUUUUAAAAAUGUAAAUGUUAAUAUAUUUUUCUCUUGUGUAACUAUUGUGUGCAUGUAGGUUGGAUCACAUGGGUGUGCUUGAAUGUGUCAACACCGGCUCAUACGGAGACAUUAGUCCCUUGUGACGUAACCACCAAAAGGCAACAACAGGCCACUGGCAUCAACCUUGUGGGUCAUGACAAUGAAUCUAUUAAAAUACAUACUUUUCUCACCAUUGGUGCUUUAGCCUAAAUUAUGCAAUUGCUUUGCUGAAUGGCUAGGUCUGUUCCUUCUUAAUAUACUGUAAAACUCGGGUGUCUCAUGAUAUCAGUAAGGCCUUUGUCAACUCUUGUGAAAUAGAUGAACUUUUGGAAGUGUAACUCACUUACACAUCAACACACACCUGUGAGCUUUCUUUGAUCUUGUCCCAUACUCAGUGUGCACUGUUGAAUUUGUAGCUUUAUCUCAUGCUGGGUUUUAUCCAAUGAUUUGUAUGCUCCCAAACCUGGGCACAGUCACUGCAGCAUUGAUGGGUUAUACCAAAUAUAAAAUAAGAGUUUUCUCUCUGAUGCAACAACUGCUUCCUGCAAUGCAAAGUGUUACUGUACGCAAACUAAAAACCUAACUGCUAUUGUAGAAUUCAAAUGUAGUUCAGGAUGACAGUUGAAGCUAUUUGUUUGUACUCGUUAUCACAAGGAUAAUAAGGAUAUUAUCAUGUGCCAAUGCCAAAUUUAUCAAAUCCAAUUGUGGAGAUGGAUCAAGUGGGCCAAAUGCGUAUGAAUGGAUAAGAAAUGAUGUUGUAGUUGGGCUGUGAGGUGGAAAUAAGUUUAAACUAAAGAAUUUGAAUCAAA